AGCAGGCACUUCACAGCACGUUGGGAAGUGAGAGGAAACUGUCAAAUAGCCUUCCAGCACUGAUAGAGAGGGAGAGACAGAGAGAGGAAGCCAGACGCACAAGUGCAUAUACUAACUGUUAGUAUUUGGCAGGGUAAUUUCUCCUCAGGGGUUCUUUUCUGACUGAGUAAUGAUGUUUUUCGGCUACCUUAUAGUGACACUGCUGUGCUUCACAACUUUAGCACUAGGACAAACAAGGGGAAAGAGCAUCGGUUGUGAUAAUCUUAUUGGAUCAGACAAGGUGACUGACAAGUGUGGAAUAUGUGGAGGUGACAAUACUGCUUGCAAGGUAGUAUCAGGUGUUUUUAAACACCCCUUUUCAAAUAUUGGCUAUCACAAGAUUGUGGAAAUUCCUAAAGGAGCUACAAAGAUCAACAUAACAGAAAUGUUGAAAAGCAAGAAUUAUCUUGCACUACGAAGUCGAUCUGGUCGAUCCAUAAUUAAUGGAAAUUGGGCCAUUGAUCGGCCUGGGAAAUAUGAAGGCGGAGGAACAAUGUUUACCUAUAAACGCCCCAAUGAAAUUUCUAGCACUGCUGGGGAGUCAUUCACAGCUGAUGGUCCAACAAGUGAGAUACUGGAUGUUUAUAUGAUUUAUCAGCAGUCUAAUCCUGGUGUGCGCUAUGAGUACAUUCUGUCAACUCAGAACACUAUAAGCCCACAACUACCUCCUCAUAUACUGCCUGGAGACCCUCUGAAUGGUCAAUUAGGAGUAACAGACAGUAGUAACACCGACAAUGAAAAUUUUGACAUUGCUGAUACCCAGGCUGGCUCAUUUAUAGGACAUCCUACUAAGCCUAUUCCAGAUGGAUUUCCAGACAACCAGGUACCUAUAGGGCAGCCUCCAAGGAGAAAUCUAGAACACAACUGGAAGCAGGUUGGGAAAACACAGUGCACAGCUACAUGUGGCAGAGGUUCGCAGUAUCCUAUCUUUAGAUGUGUAAAUAGAAAUACCCAUGAAGGUGUUCAUGACAGUCUUUGUGAUCUUGUCUCCAAACCCACUGGCGAAGAAGAGGCCUGCAAUACAAACCCAUGUCCUGCAUUUUGGGACAUAGGUGAAUGGUCCGAAUGCAGUAAGACGUGUGGUUUAGGAAUGCAGCACCGUCAGGUCCUGUGCAGACAAAUAUAUGCUAACCAUACUCUGAUGGUACAGUCAUAUCACUGUCAACAUCUGGAAAAGCCAGAAACAACAACCACCUGUCAGAUGAAGAUAUGCAGUGAAUGGCAAAUCAGGACAGACUGGCAACCAUGUUCAGUCCCUUGUGGAGUUGGCCAGAAGACCAGGGAUGUGAAGUGCAUUAGUAACCUUGGUGACAUUGUCGAUGAUGAAGAAUGUAACAUGAAAAUGAAGCCGAGUGAUGUUGAAAACUGUGAUAUGGGCCCAUGUGCUAAAAGCUGGUUCCUCACACAGUGGAGUGACAAGUGUUCGACAGAAUGUGGUGAAGGUGUGAGAACGCGAUCAGUUGCUUGUAUGACAAACUAUAUAAGUAGUUUACCACUGGAAGGCUGUGGAAGUCAAAGACCUUCAGAGAAUAUGUCUUGUAAUAAUGGUCCUUGUGAGAACAAAAUACAAUGGUUCACUGGAAGUUGGAGUCAGUGCUCAGCAGAAUGUGACAGCGGUGUUCAGCAACGUGAAGUCAUCUGUGUUAAAAAGAAUGGUGAUGAUUUUAUAGUUUUGGAUCCUACUGAAUGUUCCUUUUUGGAGAAACCUCCCAAGCAUCAGUCCUGCCAUCUGAAGCCCUGUGGUUCUAAAUGGCUGUACACAGAAUGGAGCACGUGCUCAAAAUCUUGUGACAGUGGCUUUCGUGUUCGAGAAGUUAGAUGUCUUUCAGACGAUAUGACUCCAAGUGAUGUAUGCGAUCCACUCCUAAGGCCAGAAGACAAAGAAUCUUGUAAUACACAGGCCUGUAUACCAGAAAUAGAUGAAAAAUGCAAAGACAUAUUUUACAACUGUAAUACGGUGGUUCAAGCCCGGCUCUGUGUAUACAACUAUUAUAGAACAGUCUGUUGUGCAUCCUGUGUAAGGGCAGCAAAGAGACAUUCAACUUCAGUAUCAUAUAUUGGGCGCAGAUAACAUCUUCUGUCAGUGAAAGAAGCAUAAAUGUGAACUGAAAAUAAGUUGUGAUGUGGACUUCACCUAGGUCUGCUGUAAGAAGAGGUUAUGGUAUUUUCAAGAACAUUGUAGAUGUGGCAUGCUCACAUCGUGUUUUUUUUUUUUUUCAAGCCUUUACGAGGUUGUAUUUUGUUUAAUUAUGUUUUAAAAGAGAACUUUUUAUACUUGUAUUUUUUAAAACAGUUUCUGUACAUUGGUUGUAUUUUAAUUAUGUUUUUCAAGUCCUGAGCAUCUGUUAAUGAGAAGAUAUACCCUUUAAUCUGUGAAAUUCUCCACUUGCAUAGGAAGAAAAGCAUUUAGAAAAUUUCAUGCAAAAUUGCAGUCAGUGUUUUGUAUAAUAUAUAUUUAAAUUUACCGAAUCACUAACCCACAUAUUUAAUAGUGUAAAUCUGUUAAAAAUCAUUGCAACAAUCAGGAGAAAGAGAGAUGCACAUUUAUUUGCAUGAAACAGACGUUUAUUGCAAACAUUCAUUAUAAGAAUGAAAUCAAGUGUUUCACUGAACCUUAGAUUGUUAUUGUGCAGUAAAUCUACUGUAUACUGCUUUUUUUCUGUUUGGCACAGUAUUAAUUACAGCACAUUGUCAUAAAAAUGCAGACAUAAUGUGAUUGUAUGCACAAAAACAGGUCACUGUUGCCUAUUCCUUUACAACCUGAAAAAGUUGCUUGCAUGACCUUUACUGAAAUGAACCAGCAUAUAUCAAGUACUGACAUCUAGUCAAUGAGCAUAAUCUUUGUCUUUAGUCUGAGAAAAUGUUAAGAAAUGUACAGAAGACACGAGGUCAAAUGAUGAACAUGUGAACGUGGGAACAUGUGUGUUUAUUUCCAGAAGUUCUAGAUCAGAAAGUUAAACUGUAUGUGUCAUCUCUCCAACUCAGUUACUAAGUACAUAAAAAGUCAGCAUUCACAAGAGCAAAAUAUUUUUGUUUUUAGAGUCACAUAUAGAAUUAUUUGUAGUUGCAAUUGAUGAGGCCUAUUUCCAGUUCAUAUUAAAAUUAAAUCUUCUAUAACAAUGCUUGA